CCGCCGAGCACACCCCCCCCUUCCUCUUCCCUCAGCCCGAGGGGGGGGACUUGAGGGGCUUCGGCGGUAACUUGGCGGGGGCCGGGCCCCCCUGAAGAGACCCGCCCGGCCCCGUGGACUUUGUGGGGCUCCCCCCGGCCCCGGAGGACAGCUGGGGGGGCGCAGCCUCCCCGAAGACACCCCGCGAUCUGCCCCUGCCUCCUCCCCCGAGCAGCCUGGGGAUCGGCCUCCGGGAGCCUCCUCCAGCCGUCCCCGAAGAGACUGCGAGGGGCGCCCACAAUUUCCUCCUUCCAGCCCUCGCCCCCCUCCCUCCUUUCCCCACGGAAGGAUUUUUACCCACCGGAGGAUAUUUUGGUUUUACCCUCUCGACGAAGAGUCUUUUCUUUUCGGGGAGGGGGGUGUUUCCACGGGGGAAUUUAAUCCCCCCGCUGGGCUGCUGAGGAGACUUUUGCGGCCUUUUUCUCUCAAGGAAUACCUUCCCUCCCCUGCCCCCGCAGAUGGUUUUUGGGGUACACCCCAGGCAUUUUUUACUUGUCCAGCCUUUACGAAUUCUUCAGACUUGCCUUGCUUCAGGCCCCCGAAGUUUGUUUUUAUGAUUUAAGAUUUUAAUUUAUUGGAAUAUUUUUUUGGAGCGGGGGAGAAGAAUCCGAUCCCCCCCACCCUGUUGCCCUCGGACUCCGAAGAGACGAGCCUGGAUUUUUCUCUCUCCCACAACCAACCCUUCCCAGUCAUUCCGCUGUUUGCCCCUUUCUCAUCUGAUCACUAAAGAAACAGGAGGAAGAGGAGGGAGGUUUCUGGAUUAAUUGCCCCUAUCGGAUUAUUUAUUUUCCUACUUCUCUUGCUCGGCAUCUGAGAUAAGAGGAAGGAGGGAUGUCAACUGAUUUUUACCCCAGCCCCCUGGAUUAAUUACCCCGUUUUUAUUCUCCUGUUGGAUCAGUUACCCCUUCACCUUACCUCCUCUCCCUCCCCUCCUUAUGCGAAUGAGAAGACAAGAGGAACAGGGAGGAUUUUGAUCUUAAUCUCCUGUCGUUGGAUUACUUACCACCUCCCUCUUUCUGGUCUCCCCUUCCCCCCCCCCCCCCCAUUUGAUAUCCAGAAGAAGAGAAAACGUUCCGAGUUUCUCUCGCUUGCUCUCUCUUUUUAAAAAAUCGUUAUUUUUUUUUUCUUAAAAAAAAACUCUCUCUUACACCGCUCUCCUCCCGGGCUAUUUACCCAGCCCCUAUUUCGUGUGCGUGUGUGUGUACGUAUGUAAAUCCCUUAUUUAAUUGCAUUAUUAUUUGUGCGUGUGCCUCGCCCCCCUCCCCCCGUUCCCUCGCAGUGUCUGUCUCUCUCUCUCUCUCUCUCUCUCUGUCUGUCUCUUUCUUUCUUGUCGGAGGCUGUGGGAUAAUGGCGUGUGGGUUGUGGCUGUGAGGAUGAGUUCCUGCUUCGUGCCGAACGGGGCCAGCCUGGAGGAUUGCCAUUCCAACCUCUUCUGCCUGGCUGAUCUAACUGGGAUUAAAUGGAAGCGAUACGUAUGGCAGGGUCCAACGUCUGCCCCAAUUCUCUUCCCGGUCACGGAAGAGGACCCUAUUUUGAGCAGCUUCAGUCGCUGUCUGAAGGCGGAUGUACUCAGUGUUUGGCGUCGAGACCAGAGACCUGGACGCAGGGAGCUAUGGAUAUUUUGGUGGGGUGAUGACCCCAACUUUGCUGACCUAAUUCAUCAUGAUCUCUCAGAAGAGGAAGAUGGUGUUUGGGAGAAUGGACUUUCUUAUGAAUGUCGCACUCUGCUUUUCAAAGCCGUUCACAACCUGUUGGAGAGGUGUUUAAUGAAUCGGAAUUUUGUGCGCAUUGGGAAAUGGUUUGUGAAGCCCUAUGAGAAAGAUGAAAAACCUAUAAACAAAAGUGAGCACUUGUCCUGCUCGUUCACCUUUUUCUUACAUGGGGAUAGCAAUGUUUGUACCAGUGUGGAGAUCAGUCAGCAUCAACCUGUGUACCUGCUUAGUGAAGAACACCUCACCCUUGCCCAGCAGUCUAACAGCCCUUUUCAAGUUAUUCUAAGUCCCUUUGGAUUAAAUGGCACACUCACAGGGCAGUCAUUCAAGCUUUCUGAUUCAUCGACAAAAAAGCUUAUUGGUGAAUGGAAACAAUUCUAUCCUGUCACAUCUAACUUGAAGGAGGGGUCUGAGGAAAAGCAAGAAGACAUGGAUUGGGAAGAUGAUUCUUUAGCUGCUGUCGAAGUCCUUGUUGCUGGUGUGCGAAUGGUGUAUCCAGCGUGCUUUGUUCUAGUUCCUCAGACAGACAUCCCUGCUCCUAGUACUGUUGGGGCGUCUCACUGUUCAACUACUUGCUUGGGUGUCCACCAAGUGCCUGCUUCCACAAGAGAUCCUGCGAUGUCUUCAGUAACUCUAACUCCACCGACAUCCCCAGAGGAAGUUCAAACAGUUGAUGCUCAGUCUGCCCAGAAAUGGGUGAAGUUUUCCUCAGUUUCUGAUGGAUUUAUCUCUGACAGUACUAGCCAUCAUGGUGGCAAAAUACCUAGAAAACUAGCUAAUCAAGUGGUGGACAGAGUUUGGCAAGAAUGCAAUAUGAACAGAGCACAGAACAAGCGGAAAUAUUCUGCUACAUCGAAUGGCUUGUGUGAUGAAGAGACAGCUGACAAGGUAGCAUCCUGGGAUUUUGUUGAAGCCACGCAGAGGACAAAUUGCAAUUGUUCAAGGCACAAAAAUCUCAAACCAAGAAAUUCAGGUCAGCAGGGGCAGGCACCACCUGUGGGCCAGCAACAGCAAGCAGCUCCAAAGCACAAGACAAAUGAGAAGCAAGACAAAGGGGAUAAGCCACAAAAACGCCCUUUGACUCCUUUUCAUCAUCGUGUAUCUAUCAGUGAUGAUGUUGCCAUGGAGGCAGAUUCAGCAAGUCAGAGGCUUGUGAUGACUGCACCAGACAGUCAAGUGAGAUUUUCAAAUAUCCGAACUAAUGAUGUAGCAAAGACUCCUCAGAUGCAUAAUGCUGAAAUGGCAAAUUCACCUCAACCACCACCGCUUAGUCCUCACCCGUGUGAUGUAGUUGAUGAAGGGGUAACUAAAGCUCCUUCUCCUCAACAUUUCUACCAGAUGCCAACGCCAGAUCCCUUGGUUCCCACAAAAACAAUGGAAGACAGACUUGAUGGCUUAUCUCAGCCUUUUCCAGCUCAAUUUCCAGAAGUUAUAGAGCCUACAAUGUAUGUUGGUACUGCAGUGAAUUUGGAGGAAGAUGAAGCAGAUACUACUUGGAAGUAUUAUAAAGUUCCAAAGAAAAAGGACGUGGAAUUCUUACCACCUCAGCUUCCAAGUGAUAAAUUGAGAGAUGAUGCAGUAAUACCUACUGAACAGGAAAACAUAACAUCAGUUACAGAAUUAAUGGUGCAAUGUAGGAAGCCUUUAAAGGUUUCAGAUGAACUGGUGCAACAGUAUCAGAGUAAAAACCAAUACCUAGCAGCAGUAGUGUCAGAAGCUGACCAGGAACCUGAAAUUGAUCCUUAUGCCUUUGUUGAUGGCGAUGUGGAAUUCUUAUUUCCCGAUAGUAAAAAAGAUCGGCAGAACAUCGAGAGGGAAGCUGGGAAGAAACACAAGGCUGAGGAUGGUGCAUCCAGUGUUACAGUUUUAUCUCAUGAAGGAGAGGACGCUAUGUCUCUGUUUAGUCCUUCUGUCAAGCAAGAUGCCCAACGUAUUGCUGCUCAUGCUCGCACUGCAUCAACUAGCCUGUUCCAUGAAACAGACUUGGUGGUCUCCUAUACUGACCUUGACAAUCUCUUCAAUUCUGAUGAGGAUGAACUAACCCCUGGAUCUAAAAGAACAGUGAAUGGUGCUGAUGACAAAUCCAACUGCAAAGAGGCAAAAGCAGGAAAUUUAGACCCGCUGUCAUGCAUAAGCACUGCAGAUCUCCAUAAAAUGUAUCCAACUCCACCUUCAUUGGAACAGCAUAUUAUGGGAUUUUCACCAAUGAACAUGAAUAAUAAGGAGUAUGGCAGCAUGGACACUACACUUGGAGGAACAGUACUUGAAGGGAAUAGCUCUAGUGUGGGAGCUCAGUUCAGAAUUGAAGUAGAUGAGGGUUUCUGCAGCCCCAAACCUGCUGAAAUAAAGGAUUAUUCUUAUGUUUAUAAACCUGAGAACUGCCAAGCCUUAGUGGGAUGUUCCAUGUUUGCACCACUGAAGACACUUCCCAGCCAGUGUCUCCCUCCCAUCAAGCUGCCAGAAGAAUGCAUUUAUCGCCAGAGUUGGACUGUGGGAAAGUUGGAUUUACUUCCUCCAGGACCUGCCAUGCCAUUCAUCAAAGAUGGUGAUGGAAGCACUAUGGAUCAAGAGUACGGCCCUGCAUACACACCACAAACUCAUACUCCGUUUGGGAUGCCACCAAGUAGCGCACCACCCAGCAACAGUGGAGCUGGAAUUCUCCCUUCUCCUUCCACCCCUCGUUUCCCAACUCCUAGAACACCAAGGACUCCUCGGACACCUCGUGGAGCUGGUGGACCGGCAAGUGCACAGGGUUCAGUCAAGUACGAGAACUCUGAUUUAUACUCACCAGCUUCCACACCAUCAACAUGUAGACCGCUUAAUUCUGUUGAACCUGCAACUGUGCCUUCCAUUCCAGAGGCACACAGUCUUUAUGUGAAUCUCAUCCUUUCGGAGUCUGUAAUGAAUCUCUUCAAAGACUGUAACUUUGACAGCUGCUGCAUAUGUGUUUGCAAUAUGAACAUCAAAGGUGCUGAUGUUGGAGUUUACAUUCCCGAUCCAACGCAAGAGGCCCAGUAUAGGUGUACCUGUGGUUUCAGUGCUGUUAUGAAUAGAAAAUUUGGCAACAGUUCUGGACUGUUUCUUGAAGAUGAAUUGGAUAUUUUAGGACGUAAUACAGAGUGUGGCAAGGAAGCAGAAAAACGCUUUGAAGCUCUCAGAGCUACUUCUGUUGAACAUGGCAGUGGAGGACUGAAAGAACCUGAGAAACUGCCUGAUGAGUUAAUACUGUUGCUGCAAGAUCAAUGCACCAACUUGUUCUCACCAUUUGGAGCAGCAGAUCAAGAUCCUAUCCCCAAAGUCAGUGCAGUUAGCAACCUGGUACGUGUAGAAGAAAGGGAUUGUUGCAAUGACUGCUACUUAGCCUUGGAACAUGGACGCCAGUUCAUGGACAAUAUGUCAGGAGGAAAAGUUGAUGAAGCACUUGUGAAAACGACUUGCUUGCACCACUGGUCAAAAAGAAAUGUUUUGGAUGUGAGCAUGCAGUGUUCCCAGGACAUCCUGCGCAUGCUCCUCUCGCUCCAGCCAGUUCUUCAGGAUGCAAUUCAGAAGAAGCGAACAGUCCGAUCUUGGGGUGUGCAAGGCCCUCUCACGUGGCAACAGUUUCACAAAAUGGCUGGCAGAGGCUCUUACGGAACUGAUGAGUCCCCAGAACCACUGCCAAUCCCAACAUUUUUGUUGGGCUACGAUUAUGAUUUUCUGGUGCUGUCUCCAUUUGCAUUGCCGUACUGGGAGAGGCUGAUGUUGGAACCUUAUGGAUCUCAGAGAGAUGUUGCUUAUGUUGUGGUGUGUCCUGAGAAUGAGGCUCUGCUAAAUGGAGCAAAAAGCUUCUUUAGGGAUCUGACUGCAAUAUACGAGUCAUGCAGACUGGGUCAGCAUAGGCCUAUCUGUAAAUUACUGCCUGAUGGAAUCAUGCGAGUUGGACCUACUGCUUCAAAGAAACUUUCUGAGAAGUUGGUCACAGAAUGGUUCUCACAGACAGCUAAUGCCAACAAUGAAGCAUUUUCCAAACUGAAAUUAUACGCCCAAGUUUGCAGAUAUGAACUAGGUCCUUAUCUUGCUUCUCAGCCUUUGGACAAUUCUUUACUUUCUCAAACAAAUCUGAUCCCUCCCCCAAGCCAGCCAGCCUCUGCUCUGCCCCCAGCGACAGCUAAUGCUGGAAAUCCCAACACUCCAUCAUCUGCUCCUGGAGCUCCCACCAGUAGUACUAUGACAGCAACAUCAACUAGUGCCAUGUCUUCUGCAGCUACUACAGCUAAUUCAACUUUGACGACCACUGCCACGUCAUCCUCUUCUGCUAAUAUAGGCAGUGGGAUACCAACAAACAAGCCUUCUUCAUUUCCACCUUUUAGCAGUAUGAACAAUACCACUUCUGCUUCCCUGCCUGCUCAGGCUGCAACAGUCCAAAAUGGGCAAACAGGAGGACAGCAGCAACAGCCGACACUUCAAGCAGCAGGGAUGUCUGCAGAUAGUACUUCAGCACCUGCACAGCCCCAUCCAGAGGUUUCUGAAAGCACUAUGGAUCGAGAUAAAGUUGGAGUCCCUACAGAUGGAGAUUCACACGCUAUCACCUAUCCACCUGCAAUCGUAGUUUACAUAGUUGAUCCUUUUACGUAUGAAAAAAAGGAUGAGAACAGUAGCUCGUCUAGCUUGUGGACGCUUGGACUUCUGCGCUGCUUUUUAGAGAUGGUUCAGGUUCUUCCUCCCAACAUCAAGAAUAUAAUUUCUGUGCAGAUUGUCCCAUGUCAGUACCUUCUGCAGCCCGUGAAACAUGAAGACCGGCAGAUUUAUACUCAGCAUUUAAAAUCUUUGGCAUUUUCAGCAUUUACUCAGUGUCGGAGACCUCUUCCAACUUCCACCAAUGUGAAAACGUUAACUGGCUUUGGUCCAGGUUUAGCUAUGGAAACUGCUCUUAAGAGCCCCGAUAGACCUGAGUGUAUUCGACUCUACACCCCUCCUUUUAUAUUGGCUCCUGUAAAAGACAAGCAAACAGAACUAGGAGAAACUUUUGGAGAAGCUGGCCAGAAGUAUAACGUACUUUUUGUAGGCUACUGUUUGUCUCAUGAUCAAAGAUGGCUUCUUGCAUCCUGUACAGAUCUCUAUGGAGAACAGCUAGAGACUUGCAUAAUUAAUAUUGAUGUACCAAACAGAGCUCGCAGGAAAAAGGGCUCUGCCCGCAGACUUGGUCUUCAGAAACUCUGGGAGUGGUGCUUAGGACUUGUACAGAUGAGCUCUUUGCCUUGGAGAGUUGUAAUAGGACGUUUAGGAAGAAUAGGACAUGGGGAAUUGAAAGAUUGGAGUUGUUUGCUGAGUCGCCGAAAUCUUCAGUCCCUCAGUAAGAGACUAAAAGACAUGUGCAGAAUGUGUGGCAUCUCUGCCGCAGACUCUCCCAGCAUUCUCAGUGCUUGUUUGGUGGCAAUGGAACCACAGGGGUCCUUCAUCAUAAUGCCAGAUUCUGUAUCGACUGGCUCUGUAUUUGGACGCAGCACCACUUUAAAUAUGCAGACAUCUCAGCUGAAUACCCCACAGGACACGUCGUGCACUCAUAUACUUGUGUUUCCCACAUCUGCUUCUGUGCAAGUAGCAUCGUCAACUUAUACCACUGAAAACUUGGAUCUGGCCUUCAACACAAACAAUGAUGGAGCAGAUGGAAUGGGGAUCUUUGACCUGUUAGACACUGGAGAUGAUCUCGAUCCUGAUAUUAUAAAUAUACUUCCUGCAUCCCCUACUGGAUCCCCUGUACAUUCUCCAGGGUCCCACUACCCCCAUGGAGGUGAUAUGGGCAAGGGUCAAGGUACAGAUCGAUUGCUUUCAACGGAAUCUCAUGAUGAAGUAACAAAUAUACUGCAACAGCCACUGGCCCUCGGUUAUUUUGUGUCAACUGCCAAAGCAGGUCCAUUGCCUGACUGGUUUUGGUCAGCAUGUCCUCAAGCACAAAAUCAGUGUCCCUUGUUUCUUAAGGCCUCUUUGCACCUCCAUGUGCCUUCAGUGCAAUCAGACGAGCUACUCCACAGUAAACACUCCCAUCCACUUGAUUCUAAUCAAACUUCUGAUGUGCUCAGGUUUGUUCUGGAACAGUACAAUGCACUCUCCUGGCUAACCUGUGAUCCUGCAACCCAGGACAGACGGUCAUGUCUCCCAAUUCAUUUUGUGGUGCUGAAUCAGUUGUAUAACUUUAUCAUGAAUAUGCUGUGAUCUUCAUCUGAAUUUUGCAAGACAAAAAUGAGGAAAAAGGAUAUUUCACUGCAGGACUAAGUUAAAAUUCUUCUCAGUGCAAGUUGUUUGUGGUGGGGUAUGAAUCUUGUUACUUCCAGCAAAUAUUGUUUUGACUUGUGAGAGGGGUACCUAUUUACCCUGUUGUCUUUGAGUCACUGACUAUGGGGGACGCUUUAGAAUGAUGAUCAGAAAGUGUAUUAUAACAUUUUUAGUAGCAGAAUUAACCAUUUUCCCCAGUCACAGUAUUUGUGAAGAGUAAUGAGCCAUAGUACCCAGUCAUGGUUAAUGAAUAUUAAAAGCAUGGAGAUGAGAAGAAACAUGAGGAACAAUAAGUUUCAACCUAUGGCUUCAGAACAUCAAGAUGUUCUUGUAUUGGAUUAUAGUACCUAGUAUUCAAAAAUGCCUGCAUCUCUUAUUUAUUGUAAGUUUUUAAAUGUAUAAAUUGUCUUAUAUUUCUUAACCUCUUUUAUAAAAAUUUUCCUAGAAGGUUUAUACUGCCUUCUUGCUUUAAAGCAAUUGGUCUAAAAUAUAUGUAAUCGUCUUAAUUAAAAGUUGCAGUAGGUUGCUUUUAGAGUAUUAUUUUUUUGUAAGGGGGUGGGGUGGGGACAGUAAAUUUGUAUUGUCUUGAUGUACAGUUUAAUGGGGAUAGAGGGGGUUAAUGUCCAUACCAUUGUGUGUGGGGGAUUUACAGCUAAGCUGUAGUUGCAGAGUACAUGUACAGUAAUGAAGUUCACUGUGUUUAUAUAAAUUGAAAAGGUACCGGGUCUUACAGCAUUUUAUAUCACACCUUUACAGAGUAACAAUGGCAAUAUAUAAGUGAUAUUGUAGGUGGUUUAACUUGUAGUGAGAAUAAAAUGAAUAAACUCUUCAAUUGAAGUUUGUGUUAUGGUUCAGGGCUGUGGCUAGAUUCUCAGAUCUAUUUCCAGUGUACAAGUUUUAUUAUUACAAGAAUAUCUAUUGUGCGUUGUUGAUACCUAGAUAUUCUUGGCACUGUGGUGACUGCAUUAGUUUCUUUCACAUAUGUGAUAAAACACCAAAUUUGAAGCAGAACACACGGAAAAAUCUUUUUACCCAAAGUCUUCUGUAAGGCUGAAAUUUAGCCCAGCUCUAGCCAUUUUACAAAUGCAAAAAUAGUCAAUCUUGACUUUAAGAUUGGUGUGUGUUUAACUAAAAUGUGGUGUAUAUAGAUUCUCAGUGAAUUCUGGUAUUCAGAUUUUAUUCCACUAGUAAAAAAAAUAAAUAAAAAAAUCACACAAAAAAAAACCUUAAACAAAGAAAAAGGAAAAAAAACAACAACCAAACACAAAACCCUGAACACUUUCAUGUAUUUUUGGCACUGUGGUGAAGGUACCAGGUAUCAGUGUAUAUGGCCUUCCCCGUACCCCCUUUUCAGACUGGGGCAUGUGCCAAGGAGGCUUAGCCCUCCCUAAGGAAGGGACUGACAAAUCACAAGGCUUUGGUAAACCUCUCCUGUUUAGUCACCAUUUUUUCCUUAGUAGCUUCCUUCCUUUCUCCUAGCACAUGCCAAAUGUCUGAUGCUGCUCUAAAAUAGCCCCUACGGGUGCUGAAGAGCAACUGCAUAUGCUUUUCCUUGGUUACUCAUCUUCUGACUGCCAGAUUAAAAACUUAACUCCUGCAGUGCUCGUGUGAGCCUGUUAGAAUAACCCGUGUCCUGGGUCUUAACACUGUCCAUCUCUAGCUGGUUUAAACCUUUUAAAGGAGCAAGUUUUAAGAUCCAUUCGUGCACCCACUGUUAAUCCUCUACAAGGAAGAAAUCACUUGCAUUUACAAAACGUACUGUGUUAAUGAAAAUUACGGCUUUGUAAAUGCAAAAUACCUGCCUGAGAAUUUUUCUUAUGAACAGUCUCCUUGAAUCUUGUAUAUACGAUAUUAGCAACAUUUUUGUUUUUGUAUAAAGAAGUUGUACAAUUGGUGAUGAAAAUUUUCAGUCAUUUCUUCAAAAUAACAUGAGUGCAAUCAGCAGUGAGCAUAUUUUGAUAAAUAGAGUUAAUAACUAACUGGGUCUGACCAUUACUUUAUCCUCAUAAUGAUAAUGCACCGUAGAUUAAGCAGCACAUUUUUUGUCUUACUGAAGGUGUUUUUUCCUCAUUUGGCUGAGAUUUUUGAAGUGGAAAAGUGCUCCUAAAACUGGAAUUUUCAAAGCAUAUGUCCUAGAUUUUUUUUUUUUUAAGUUCUGUUGCUUAAGUGGUCAUUUUUAACCCUGGCUCAGUUAGCCAAGUUCCAAGGGCUGGGUUUUGGUGUGGCUUUUUUUUGUGUUCACAAAGGUAAGUGAAUCAGCUGCCUGAAUGUUGAUGUAACUGUAUUCUGUUAUCUGGACCACAGCCUUCCCUGUGAAACUCUCCAACUGUGAAAGCUGUCAGUUUCCCAUGUGCGGUCACCCCGUCCCCUUCCCCCUUAUCUCUUCCCCUCCAGUUAAAGUAAAUUAUAAGUAAAUUAAAAUAUUGCAACCACUAAAAAAUAUUAGGAGGGCCGUUUCUGCAGUGAUAGUUACAGCUGGCAAUGUGCGUAUCAAAAUUGCCAGCACCAUGGAACUAACUACUAGAUUGGGUAUGCAUUUUUGUUAGUUACUUUCAUUUAACUAUUUUAAGUGCACAUAGUUGCUGGUUUAUAAGUAAAAUUGCCACAAGCCAAUAACUUGGGUGUUUUGGCAAGUACAGUCUUAAAGAUUUGAAAGCUUCAUCUCUGGCUUCUCAAAGUGGUCUUGCAAGAAAAUGUUGUUCCUGGCAGUGCUCUGUUAAGUAGCUGUGGAACUUUAACUCCUUUUUGUCUGUCCACAAAGUUGUUUUUUUGUUUUCCAAUUAAAAAUAUGUAUUUUAAUGUAGCUGUAUUGUACUUAAGCCAUUUAGUCACCUUUGGCUUGCUACUACUUGAAUGAGGUUUCUGAGAGCACUGUGCUAGAGCAGCAGACCACCACUUGUACUUGCAAACAACCCUUACAUUUUAAAGUAGCUCUAACACUUAGAUCUAACAUUUCCUGAAAUAAUUAAAAAUGAAUUUAUAUUUCAAUCCUCAGCUAUGUUCUUACUUAGCUGUCGGUAUGGCGCAGAUUAUUGUAUUUCUAUAUUUACCUCCAAUGGUAAUUUUAACUUCUUGUGUCUAUGAAGACUUGCAGAUGUCUUUAAUCAAGCACUAUUUGUUAAUACUGUAAUAUCAAAAUAUUAUGUCGCAUUAUUUUAAAGCUUUCAGAAAGAGUAAAAUGUUUUUAAAAUGCUAUUGCACCAUAUAAUUUGCUGCACAACAGUAUGGCACAGCAUAUCAGUCUGUUUUAAUACUAAUGCUGCAUAAACAAUGUUUUGAUCUGGGUUUCUUUUGAGAGUUUUUCUCAAUUAGGUGACAUUGUCUGACAUUACUGUCUCCACAACCUCCAACUGGGAAGGCUUUUUCUUUUUUUACUAAUUAAAGGACCCAGGACUAUGCUUCAUACUUUUUUUAAUUACUAUUAUCGUUGUCGUUAUUGUUUGUGGGUGUACUUUCCAUUUUCAGUGGCGUAGAGCUUAAUUUACAGUAGAACUGGAUUUGGGACCUGCCACACUCCUCAGGGUCACGGUUUCAGGCCGUUGUGCUCCAGCGUUGAGGUUUUUCGGAGCGAACUGGACGUGAGGGCCGGGUGCCAACCUGUGAGCCAUGUCACCUUCACCACCCCCCUCACAACACCCGGGGCGUGCCAAGGGGAGGGUUGUCUUCUAUUUUUAUUUUUUUAUUUUUUUUUAAUUUACGUUCUCUCACAGCCGUGACAUUUAAUGGUCCAAGCUGUCCUAUUUAUCAUGACAAAAUAAAAGUGACUAAGGAACAAACACUAUUGCUGCCGAAUGCCAUAAACACUGAGUUGUACAAAUUGUGAUUGAGGAAAUGAGAAAAAAAAAGUUUAUACUUUUUAAAAAAAAAAAUCAAAAAAAAAAUCAAAUGGAAUAAAUUAUUCAUGAAG